UUGCAAAAUUCUGUGGGAGUUCUGGUUCGCCGCCUUUUAGAUACUUUCUGGGUUAACGGACGGUGUAAGUUGAAAUUUUCGCGCGCUGUUGAGUUUUCCGUUUCCGCAUACUUUUUGUGCAACCUAACACAGCGAGUCCUUUCCACGUCCACAUUCUUCUUUCCUUUCUUCUUUCUGGAUAAGAAAUGCUUCUUCUCCAAUUAUGACACACAUCUACGAUCUCAACGACGAUUGUCUACUCCAUGUCUGCUGCUUCCUCAAUAUCUAUGAACUGCUCCAAUUUGCAAAAGUUUCCGAUCGUCUCAAAUAUGUGGCAGAAAAAUCAUUACAACAAAUCCAGUUCCUUGAACUGACCGAUCAUAUAGUCCAAAGGGUAUCAGUUGAUGAAGUUAAAUACAUUUUCACACAAGUCGGUCGCAGAUUAAAAGCAAUUGGUUUGGCUGACUUACGAAGCUCAAACACGCUUUCAAAAUUUGUAGAACUCAUUCCGCUCUACCUGGUCAAUAUCGAAGAACUAAAUUUGGAAUGGAUCGAUCAAAUCCCUCUUCAAACUUAUGGAAAAAUAUUCGGUUCCUGCAAAAAGAUAAAAUCAUUGAAGAUAUUCGAGUGUAAUAUUACGGACGAAGUCUGCGCGUUGAUGUACUUGUUACCGGACUUGACACGACUGGAUUUGAGCGAAAAUCGAUUAGUUACCGGAAAGUAUUUGAAAAAAUUGAAGAAUUUGAUUGAUUUGAGAGUGUCUUGCUGUAACAUGCAAGCAAAGUAUUUUCAAGAAAUCUGUGAUUCGAUGCAACUGCGUAUGCUGGAUAUUCGACACUGUACAAUGCUCUUCCAAGACUCAUUUGAACGACUGAUCCACACCCAGAAGAAUUUAGAAUUGAUACAAGUCAGUAAUUAUCCUUGCGGUGAAGCUGCUGUCAUCGCGCAGCUACCGAGUUUGAAACAUAUUACCAUAUCAUAUCCGGACGGUGUCCAUCCGACUCAACUAUUGAGAGAGCUUGUCCUUCACAAAAAACACUCAUUGGAAUCAAUUGAGAUUUAUUGGAAACACUUUAGCGAGCGAUCAGUUCGGCAUAAAGUAUUUCUGCUUGAAAAUCUCCGACGACUAGUGAUUUUGGACGCAAGGAGUUUUGCUGAAGAUGAUUUGAAAGCGGUUUCAUUGGCUUUUCCAUUCCUGAAGUCGUUUCAUUGUAGUGGCUUACACUAUCUACCGAGCAGGUCAUUGAAAAAAUUCGCUAAGCGAGCGAAGAGUUUAGAAGAACUAAAUAUAGUUUAUUAUGAGUAUUUCCCCGAUGUAUUAUAUUACAGAAUGUUAGAGGAUAUAUGGCGGAAGGAGCAUGGAAAAAAUCUAUUGGCAUGUAUGACACAAAUUCAUUUCUCAACAAAUAUUUUGAAGAAGCAGAAUAGCUGAACAAUUCUCCGUCGUUCUAAGCGAUUCUUUUAAAGGAGAAAAAGGAGCGUAGAUAUAACAAUUUAAUUAAUUAAAAGGUUUAUAACUAAGAAGACAAUAAAACCCAUCAAUCACAGUAUCGUUAUUCUUUAUAUUUCGUUCAUACAUUUCUACUCUUUCUCUCAUAUCACAAUCAUAGUACAAUAUCAUUACAUAAUCUGUCUCCACUUCCCUU